ACGGGCGGGGGAGCACCGCGCCGGGGGAGCGGCAUGGUCGGGUCUCGGAGGAUUGGCAAAGAAAAAUCCUGCUAAGUAAGGUGCUUUGAUGUCCUACAUGUUAGCUGACCGAAUCACUACCAGGCUUGGUCAUGCAACAGCACUCCUGUUUCCUGAUAAACUCUUGUCCUACUGUACCCAGGCUUUUACCGGCUUUUGCUUCCCCUAAAGGUGCAGUAAGUCCUGGCAGUGAGAAAACAGUUACAAGGGUUUGCCUGGAAUACUGCAGUGUCUCUGAAAGUGAGAUAAGAAAGAGUUGCUCCUGGGAAAAGAAUCCUCUCUGCAAGGCCAACCCUGAAGAUGUGGACUGCCGUUGUAUUCUUCCUGCUGAUCUCUUUCUGUAUAUGUGAACACGGGUUUUCUGUCCUGAAAGGGGGAGGAGUCCAUGUAGUGCGAAUAAACAUGCUUACAACUGAAAAGGAGUGCAGGCAGGCUUGUCAAAGCCUGGAUGCUUCAGGUAACCAUCACUGUAAUUGGUCUGUGCCCUACCAAAAUUAUUGCAUCCUCUUGCAGUGUCACCAACUGAGUGUGUGCCAGAAUGCUGGAGACCGAGACAUCAAAGAUCUGCUUGGAGGAAUCCUGUUUCACCACCAAAGCUAUCCACAGAAAAAGAGGAGGAUGGUGAAUGCACAAGUUGACCGAAACAAUGUGGAAAACCUGUCCUUACCUGUUCAGACUCACAAGAUUCAUCUGAGGGAUUUUCUUGGGGCUGACAGUGGAAAUGUAAUGACAAAUGCAACAGAAACAACUGCAAGCAAUACUACCACUGCUGCCACAGCCAUAACAACAAAUGCAAGAGAAACAAUUGCAAGCAAUGCUACCACCACCAUAGCAACCACCACCACUGUCACAGACAUAACAAAAAAUGUUAUAAAUGCAACUGUCUUCACUUCAGCUUAUGAAACAACUGCUGAAGCCUCAAAUGCCCAUGGAGUGUCUAGUCAUCUUUCUACAGCUAUUUCAUCCAUUCCCUCUUUUCCCACGUCUGAUAACACCUCUGCUUCCACAUCCAGCCAUGUCACCAAGCGUGUGACCACCACUGAAAAAUCAGCAAAUAGUAGCUCUGUCUCAGGAUUGUCCCCCACUUCUGCUCUUCUCACUGUCACUCCAAUGAGUCAGACAGAGCAGUUUAAUCCAGCCAUCACCACCACCAGCACUCCCCGCUCUAGUAGCCCCACAACUACUGAAGCUGGCCUGAAGACACUGACCACAACACUGGCCACCCCCAUCCCACCAGCUGUACGAACAUCUGCCACUACUUCCACUCAUGCCAUGGAGAUUACUCCCUUGGAGAGUUCUCACUCUGUGAAUCCACUGCCUGUUACAUUGCCGAAUCCAGAUUCAGAAGCACGUAUAGCCACAACAUCCUUGAGUAAAUCAACUUCUCAUACGGGCUCUACAAGAAGUGCCACAGUUUUAACUACUGCCUAUAUAGCAGAAACUGUGUCUGGGCAUCGGAUAGAGUCAACAGCUCACAUUUUUUCAACAGCCAUCGUUCCAGCAGAUGCACCCAAAGCAACAUUUUCGGGCCUUGCAGAAACUCAGGAUAUAGACAAUGAGUAUCUUCUCAUUGCAUCUGAGCCCCUGACUCAGUACUUGGUGGAUAAAAGUUUGCUUCUUGCAGUGCUUUUAGUUGGUAUGGUGUUUUUUGUAACUGUUAUAGUUCUUUUCCUUAUGCAGGCCUAUGAGAGCUACAAGAAGAAGGAUUACACGCAAGUGGAUUACCUGAUCAAUGGAAUGUAUGUGGACUCUCAGAUGUGAAAGGGUGGGGAUAAAACAGUGGGCAGAGAGAUGGAAAGGAAACUGAGGGCCUGCCUGACUUAUUUUUCUGUCUGUUUGCCUGUAACACAAACUGAAAGUGCUUCCAAAUUUACUUGUACAAUUGAGGAGAAAUGCCAUGUACUGUAUUAAGAAAAAAGUUAUUUUUUAUUCAACUGUGCCACAGGUUGCUGUAAAAAUCAUUUUAAAAAGAAGUAUUCAUUUUUAAAACUUCCAGAAUGCACAAUAGCUUUGGCUGUUAUUUCUCAUUGCAAACCAAACCUCACAAGGAGUAAAAGCCAUCAUCCUUGGAACAUGCUGUGGCACUUUCUCAACUUUUUACAGUGCAAGUUGCUUGUGUUUCGUUUGUUUCACAUGGGCUCUUCUGAAAAUGUUUUGUGAAGUGCUCUGAAAUCUCAAUUUGAGAACUGGGGAGUAUUGCUGCAACAGGUAACUUCUAAUCCAAGGUCUGUCAUGUUUCAGUAUGCCUCUUGCUUGUAAAAAAGUCUGUUUACAAGGCACUGUGAACUCCGUUUACUGCUAACACAAAAUUAUCUUUUAACCAUGGAGCAGAUUAUUGUGCCUCUGCACUUAAAUGAUCUUAUUUUUGUAUUCACUUAAUAAACAGGGCCCUGGAAGGGCAUAUCUUA